AUGGCGCAGUUGAGGCUGUUUAAUCAUGCUUCGGUUUUGAAUUUAUUCUUAUUACUGGUAUUGCCGGUAGCAAAUGGCGAUGGUGAUGUGAUGAAAUUCACAGAUGCUGAUUUUAAGGAAGGAAUCAAAUCAUAUGAUGUAUUACUUGUGAAAUUUUAUGCACCAUGGUGUGGGCACUGCAAGAAACUGGCCCCAGAAUUUGAGAAGGCAGCAACAAAACUUUUACAAAAUGAUCCACCUAUUCAUUUAGCAGAUGUCGAUUGCACAGAGGAAAAGAAAAUUUGCGAUGAAUUCAGUGUUAGUGGUUUUCCGACUUUAAAAAUUUUCCGUAAGGGUGAACUGGCUCAGGAUUAUGAUGGCCCACGAGUUGCAGAAGGUAUUGUUAAAUAUAUGCGAGGGCAAGCUGGUCCAUCGGCUACAGAGAUUAGGACACCACAAGAAUUUGAGAAGAUGUUGGGAGCCGACGAUAUUACUAUUUGCGGAUUUUUCGAAGGAGACAGCAAGUUGAAGGAUUCGUUUUUAAAAGUUGCAGACACAGAAAGAGAUCGUUUCAAGUUUGUAUGGACUUCAAAUAAGCAAAUUCUGGAAUCAAAAGGAUACAACGAUGAUAUUGUUGCAUACCAACCAAAGAAGUUUCACAAUAAAUUUGAACCGAGUGGAUUCAAAUACGAUGGGAAUUACGACACAGACAAGAUUAAAGAAUUCCUUUUACACGAAACGAAUGGGCUUGUUGGUAUACGAACCUCUGAAAAUCGCUAUCAGUUUGAUCUGCUCCCAAUGUUUGUUGUGUACAGCAAGAUUGACUAUGAAUUGGAUCCAAAAGGGUCCAAUUAUUGGAGAAAUCGUGUUCUUACAGUUGCAAAGGAUUACAGAAGAAAAGCAUAUUUUGCUAUAAGUAAUAAGGACGAUUUCUCAUUUGACCUUGAUGAAUUUGGCUUAGCUGGUCGUAAAGAUACUAAACCGCUUGUUGCAGCUCGUAGUAAGAAAGGCAAAUUCUUCAUGAAAGAAGAGUUCAGCGUGGAAAAUUUGAGAAAAUUUGUCGAAGACGUUAUAAAUGAUAGAUUAGAACCACAUAUGAAAAGCGAGGAACCACCGGAAGAACAGGGCGAUGUUAAGGUUGUUGUUGCUAAAACAUUCCAAGAGAUGGUUGUUGAUGUGGAAAAGGAUGUCCUGAUCGAAUUCUAUGCUCCAUGGUGUGGACAUUGCAAGGCACUAGCACCUAAAUAUGAUGAAUUAGGCCAGAAAUUAUCCGGCGAACCAGGUGUUGUUAUUGCAAAAAUGGAUGCAACGGCUAAUGAUGUACCGCCACCUUUCCAAGUGCAAGGGUUUCCAACCCUUUAUUGGGUACCGAAGAAUAGGAAGGAUAAACCGGAACCAUACUCUGGCGGUCGGGAAGUAGAUGAUUUUAUCAAAUACAUUGCUAAGCAUGCAACGGAAGAAUUGAAAGGAUACAAAAGAGAUGGAAAGCCGAAGAAGAAGAAGGAAGAAUUAUAA